AUGGAUCAGAUGUUGGUGAAAGCCGCAAGAGAUGGAGAUGUUAACAGACUGCUCAACCUGUUGGAAGGAGAUCCUGAGAUACUGGAGAGAGCAUCUUCGGGUCAUUUUGUAGAUUCAGCGCUUCAUGUCGCAGCGCUAUACGGAAAAGCAGAAUUUGUUAAGCAGAUUGUGAUUCGAAUGCCUUCCUUAGCCACAGAUCCUAACCAGCAGGGUAUGAUCCCACUGCACUUGGCUUCUUUGAAAGGUCACGUUCAGACAGUGAGGGAACUUUUGAAGGCAAAGCUUGACGACGAUGAUGGAGUGAAUCAAUGCCUUGCGAAGGAUGACGAAGGCUGGACUGCGCUGCACUGUGCAUCACGGAAAGGCAAAAUGAGAGUGAUGGAAGAGUUAAUGAGCGCAUGUCCUGAGUGCUUGGAACAAGUGACAGCAAAAGGAGAGACUGUUCUUCAUUUAGCGGUGAAGGCCAAUCAAUUUGAAGCAGUGAAGAAAGUGCUAGCGGAGAGGAUCAAAAUGCUUCCAAAUUUCCAGGAACUGGUAAAAGCCAGGGACAUCAACGGCAAGACCGUCUAUGACCUUGCUGCCGCAAAGAAAGAGUUGCAGGUGCUAGAGAUACUGAAAGAAGAUGAGGAGGAGGGAGAUGAAAUAAGAGAGGAAAGUCGUAUAAACAUGAAGGGGGAGGGGGAGGGGAGUGGCAGUAAAGCAUCUGAAGAAGAGCAGAGCAAUCCAUCUCAACUGCAGGAGGAUGCAAUACUAGUAGUGGCCACCUUGAUCAUAACAUUGACAUACCAAGCUAUGGCAAAUCCUCCAUCACUGGUUUUCAAAGAUGGCACUGCAAUAGAAUGGGGCUGCCUUCGCCUUGGCCUGAUAUUUGGUCGGACAUCUCCAGACAACCUCAAGGACUGUCCAGCCCUGUUGGCUUUUUGGUUCUUGCUUCUCAACACCAUCAUCUUCGUGACAUCAAUCAUCAUCGUGGUUUCCACUUUCCGAGGCCGAGAAACAAUCCAUUUGCAACUGCUUACGCUGCACCAUGCUGGUUUUGUUGCUCAAAGCUCUACCGGUGAUGAUCAUUCUGAGCACUCCAUGGCUGUGGGUGGCCCACCGAGAGAUGGAAGGAGAUCAGGGGAAGAACCUUUGUUUUUUACCCCCGCAAAAAGAGAAAAUCAAGGAGAGAGAAAGAAGAGGAAGAGAAUGAGGUGA